AUGUUCUCGCAUCAACCUGAGGAGGAAGGAGCUCUGUUGCCAAAUUUUGACCAUGUUCGUGUGGCUAUUCGCGAGAGUGAAACCAAAGAAUCGGAUUUAUCCUCUACUAAAAUAAAAUUACAGGUCCAGCAGGAUAAGCUUGUUGCCUUUGUACCCAAUGAAUCCGCUGGUCUUAUGUACGACUACGACUAUUAUUUUCCCCAAAAUAGUGGUCAGAAGUCUUUUUGCAAAACUAUUGGUAUGGAGAUGGUAGAGUUGGCGAUGCACGGCCGAAGCACAAAUUGUGUAAUCUUAGGGAUGCCUGGUACUGGAAAAAAUGAUGCUCUUUUUGGAAAUUCCAACCAGGAAGGGUUGAUUCAAGCGACCGUUAGGGAGUUAUUUAACCGUCUGGAGAGGCAGAGCACGACCCAUGAGUAUCAAGUUUUGAUGCGGUACUGGCUAAUGCAUCGGGAUCGCAUGAUGGACUGCCUUAGCAGUGAGGACACCAAGGAGGAUUCUGCAUCAUGCGCUUGCUGUGAAUGCACUAGCGACAUGCCUGGCACCUCAGCAAGUAUUUUUCGUGACCGAUUCGGGCGACUGUACGUAGCAAAUCUAAAGGAGCUUAGUGUUAAAUCCUACGAAGACUUUGAAGUACUUCUUAAUGAAGCUAAGGAAAGAUGCACCCAAGGUCCAGAGGCACGCGCAAUCAACUGGCACAGCUUUAUCCAACUUUCUAUAACUACCACGGAUAAAGCGUGUGGUGAGAGUUGCGUGCUUCGUCAAAUGACCUUCGUACACACCAAGGGGGCAGGAUGUGUGGGUAAAAUGGGUCUUAGGGGAAACAUGCUUCAAGAAGGCAGCAACAUCAACGUGAGUCUACUAUUACUCUAUGUUGGCGUUAUACAUUCCUUAGAGUAUCGACAACGAAGAAUGCAUCAAGUGCAUACUCAAGAAGAUUUAUACAAGCUGAUCAUGCGCAGCCAGUCCUUUUUUAUGGGCUGUCGCUUCUCGCAAAUCAUGUCACAAUUUGUUAGCGGUCAUGAGGCUUCCUUUAUCGUUGGAUGUGUUAGUUUGCUGUCAUACGCUGAAACCGUGGAAACUUUGGAGAAUCUACAGCUAUUUCACAAGCUCGAGUGUUCCUGUAUUCCUGUCGUCACGAUUUCUCAAAAAGGACAUCUGAUUCGCGACCUUAGGAAGUUGGAGCGUAGCAUAGGUGGGGCAGAGGUCGUGGAUACUUUGGAAUCUGCUGUGGCUUCCGGUCGUCCAUUAACCGAAGAUGAAGAGGAGCUGCUUCGUCUUCGUGAAAGGCUUAAGCAUUGGGGCGAUACUAACUUUCUCGAACACAAUCAAAUGCACUUCAAGGAGCAAUACGAGGAGGACCUGAAGCGGUCCAGCCGUGAGAGAUUGACGAAAAGUUAUCCACUAGUCGGCGCCGCUACCCACGGAGAUCGCAAAAAGAUGUAUCUGAACGCUAAAAAAACAGCUACGUAUAAAGGGCAGUGGGCGGAUGGUCUUUUUGAUGGCUUCGGCGAGCACAUUUAUGCCAAUGUCAAGUACCGUGGUGAGUUUCGGAAGGGCCAACGUGAGGGUAUGGGAACACUUUUCCUAAAAUUGGUAGACAAGCAGUCCAGCGAUAAAACCUAUAAAAAGGUCUACGAAGGGGAGUGGCUUGCAGGCAAGCGCGACGGCAUCGGCACGGAGUGGUGCAAAGAUGGGGAUGUGUACACUGGAGGGUUUUUAGAAGAUCGCCGUCACGGAGAAGGUAAGUUGUACCUAGCCAAUGGUGACCGAAUUGAAGGUAGCUUUCAGCACGGCUUGGUAGAGGGCUGGGCAGUGCUGUUCACCGUGGAAGGGGAUUGGUUUGAGGGCUAUUGGUCUCAGGGCAUGCGUGAGGGGCCCGGCCUAUGGCACUAUGUCCACCGACAGCAGCGUCUAUACGGGGAGUGGAGCAAGAACAUUUCUGUCCUUGGAACUAUUGAGGAUGAUCCAGACAAACAGCCCAUUGCUGCCGAUGGUACCUUGAGAAACUUUAUCCCCCCUGUGAGUCUUAUGAACUACGACUCCAUUUUGAAGAAGGAGCGCGAUUUACUAAACGAACGUCGAUCAAGGGAGUUCCAAAGCAAGGGACUUACGUGGAUUGACUAUGCAGUGGAAUCUUCCUUCGACAUAACCAUGUAG